AUGGAUAACCAGGUUACUAGAUUCCAAAAUACGUUUUAUUUCUACAAACCUAACUUUAUAUCAUGCAAAGAUCUAUUACUGUUAAACCGCACAGAUGUGAAGGGUGAAUCACAUGAAGACUCCUCGGCAAUCGAUGGUGUCGCACAAACAGGUGUAUAUCGCAGUCCUAUCACUAUCGCAAGAUGCUUUGUUGAUUCCAUAAAUGAGUACUUUCAGCGGCUACAGGAAAAUAAACCACGAACCGUUCUUCUGUUUCAGUUUCUCAGAGCUGGUGCUAUCAUUGCUCGAGAAUUAUUGUGCUCCGAAACAGUUGUAGGUUCGUCAUAUAACAAAAGAUGCCCGCUCUCUACGAAAUGCCAGCUGUCUGCAAUGUGCAGUCGUCUGCUAUUUUGGUCAGGGAUCCCAUUGUAUUUGGCAAGUUCAGUUCUAAAAGACCCAAUUGGAAAUACCCAUCAACUAUUUUUUACAUUUGAAUUACUUUGUGGCAAACAUGUGAAGACGUUUGGACAUUUAACACCUUUAGUGGUGUUGCUUGUUCCGAUAUUGUAUAGAUACUACUUGAGACCUCUAGUUAUGCGGAGUGGAAGUCCCCAAGGUAUUUCCACUUUAACUGCUAUAGAAUCUGCUAGUAACGAUACAAUAAUUUGGCCACUUGUCGGAAAAUACUUCAAUGAGUAUAUUUUGAUGAGGAUACCUUAUUACAAACAUUUGAUCGAAGCAUGUACAAGUGAUCCAGAUGAGGGAAUAUGGUUUGGAAAUAUACUAGGGUGUCUUAUGUUGGUCUUCGCCAAAGAUAUUGGGCUUUGGUUAAUCAAAAGGAAGUAUAAAUUUUGA